ACUCUUGAUAGUACUGUUCUAUACUUUAGCAAUUUUUCAGUUGUUUACAGUUUGAAAAAUAAAUUUUUUAAAACUAAAGCUUUAACUAAUUGUAAAAUAAUGAAAUUGUUGAGUCGUUCCACACUGGGUGUGAUCAUUGGCAUUAUAUGUGUCCUCAUCUAUUUUAGUUCGACCAUUUAUGCGAUCCUUGGCGCAGUGGGAGUAAAUAUGAUGUUUAAGGAAGUCGAGCAACAUCAACCGCAUCAACAUGUGAGCAAUGCAUUUAAUGCAUUCUUUAUUAUUUUAAUAAUAAUAUUUGUAAUAUUGACGGCUGUAUCUGCUCUACUCAUAUUUGGUAUAGUAAAGAAACGUCACAAUUUGAUGCUUCCCUGGCUGAUACUUAGUGCCAUUGCUUACGUAUACAAAUCAAUAGAACUAAUAAGGAGCCUAGGUUAUUUCCACUUAUAUGUGGGUUACUUUCUUUCCCAUAUAUUUGGACUGGUUAUUGCAGGCGUAGUAAUAUGGCUUAUAUUUUCUCUGUUUAGAGAUAUACGACAAAAAAAUAUUGAAGGUUGUUUAGAUCAUAUCCCAACAAAAUAUCCCAAUAUGUGUAGAAAUUAAAAUUGAGUAAUUUUGGUGAAAAUAUUAAAUAUUCGAGCAAUUUAUUUAACCAAUUCACAAUCGGUGUCGUAGCUUUGUAUCGUUGUAUGUUGUUUUGUUUUGUUUUUGUAUCGAAUUAAAUAAAUAUUUAUGACAUACAACUUACAACGCUACGACGACACCGCUUGAGAAUUGGACAAUUGUCUAUUUUUUAAUAUUAAUAAUAAUUUAAUUAUGUAAUUCUUUUUUUUUAAAUAAUGCAAUAAAUAUUAUAAAAUUUUA